UUGAAAAUUCAUAAACGUUCUUAAACGAGUACAUUUGCAAGUACAAGUCAAAGCAAACAUACACACAUACAAAAAUAAAAUGUUGUCUUUAACAGUUGCAACGCUUCUUCUUAUAACAUCUAUUGUGAUGGCCAUGCCUAACCGUGAUGCUACUGACUCAAAUGAAAGCGACAUUUUAAAUAUUCUGGACGAGUACAUUGUAAAGGUUGCUGAGAUGACUGCCAACGAAGCUAAAAUUCUUAACGAUGUUAGAAAUUACUACAAUGAUAGAAGCUCAAAAAGCUUAGGAGAGUUUCCCCAAAGCUUUUUACCAAGAGGAGGCAAAAGAGAUGCACGCCCUCGAGCCGGAAAAUAAAAAUGUAAUUUGAUACAAAAAAAGGGCAAAGAAGGAAUUUAUUCGAACAAUCUUUAUUAUUGGUAUAUGAAAUAAUUUGUUUAUUUGAAUAUUAAAAAAAUAGUUCUAUGUAUAUAUAAAAUAAAUUAGUCAUUUGGCA